GAAGCUGUUCAGCGCGCCUUGUUUGGCGCCAGCGUUUUCGCGGGACUGCUGAAGAAACAGCGAGGCGACGAUUUCCCCGUUAUUGACAGUCGAUACUAAUCUUUUUAGGAAGCCUAUUUGCUUGGUUUGUUAGUAUAAGUUUCCCAUCCAUGUUCACGCUGCUUUCGGUCGGUUGUGUUCCUUUAAUUUCAGUGAGGUGAGAGAACACUACUUUUCCCGUCGGGCUUCCUAGUUAGCUGCAGUGUUGUGGACAGGGACUUGAGGAUGAUGGCCACGGUCCCCAUGUCCAGUUCCAGCCUCCUCCCUCUCCUUGGAACUCUGGAGGACAUCGCAGCCGGGGUGUCCGAGCAGACUGAUGCCUACCUUACCAUUGCCAAUCGCCUCAGUGGAGAAGAUGGAAGGCAGUUCUUUCCUCUAAUCGUUAAGCACUUUUCACGCCUGGGUAAAGCUUUUCAGACUCACAUAUCCAGUGAAAAUGAGGAGCUAAGACAGGCUGCGCUUCAGGCCCUGGGUUUCUGUGUAUUCAGCACACACAUUGUCUCGGGCAUUCCUGCAAAUUUUGCAGAGGAGAUCUUGUUGACCCUUUGUGCCCUGGUGUUAAAGUCCACAGACAAGAACACCUGCACACGAGCAUUAUGGGUCAUUUCAAAACAGAACUUUUCUGCAGAGGUUGUUGCUAAGAAGACACCAGAAAUACUCAAGACUCUUGAGGCUCUGCAGACAAAAGACAUCCAGUCAGUGCUGACCGAUCACGAGUCGCUAAAUGUUGUUAUAAAGCUGCUUGAACAGGCUCCAGUUCAGAUGGGUGAAGGAGCAGUUUUGUGGAUUAAGCUGAUUGUACCUCUGGUAGUUCACUCAGCCUCUAAGGUGCGGUUACGUGCAGCUGCAGCACUAGAAAUGGGAAUGCCCCUUCUUCUGCAGAAACAGCAGGAGGUGGCUGCCAUUGUAGAGCCUAUGAUGUCUUCUAAACUUAUCCCUGAAAUGCAGAAACUGUUCUCCACCAAGAAUGAGAGCAAUGUGCUAAAGCUCUGGCCUUUAUUUGUAAAGCUUCUAGGCAAGUUGCUCCAUAAAGGAGGUGCCUUCAUAAAUUCGCUGCUUUAUUUAGAAGAGCUGGGCUUCCGCAGCUCCUCUCCGAGCAUUAAGAAAAUUGCCUUCCUAGCCUGGAAAAGCCUCAUUGACAACUUUGCCCUUAAUCCAGAUAUUCUCUGUAGCAGCAAGCGACUAAAACUACUUAUGCAGCCUCUCAGCUCCAUCCUUGUGAGGACUGAAGCCUUGCUGCUCACCAAAUUAGAAGUCUGGUGGUAUCUGGUGGUCAAACUAGGGCCUAACUUGUCUGCUAACUUUGAACAAGUUGGUGUACCACUGCUGCUUAGCACACUUCCUCCAGAUGCCUCAUCGGUGUCUCCAGCCACUCCUGCUAGAAACACAAGCCAUAGCAAUGGCAUUGGAUUAGUUACUCCUAAACCAGGUGGUCCCUCGUGUAGUAGUCCAGGUGCUAGCUCUCAUCUGAGCUUGAACAGCAGUGUAAGCACACCCCUGUCCUAUGCCUCAAUCCAGCUGCUGGGACUGGAGAUGCUUUUGCACUACUUUCUCGGCUCACAGGCCAGCGCUGCUGCAGCCAAGAACAAUCUACAGCUCAGUCUUGAGCCUUUGACUCACAACCUUCUCACCAGUCACUCGUUCUUCAGCAAGCACUCCUCCACACUCAUUUCAGCUGUUAGAGAUGGCUUCAUCUCUGUGGGCAAAGAUGCUCCAGAAGCAUUGCUGAGACUGAUUUGGACUAGCCUUGUUGGCCAUGUUAAUACAACAAUAGAAGCUGCUGGUAAUAAGAAGGAGAGGCAGGGUUCUGAAGUACUCACUCUACUGCUACAGGCCCUGCAGUCUAUUGUGUCUUCUGAAGCCCUGCCAGCCCCACGGGCUCUGGCUUUGUUGGAAGCUACUGUGAAAGCCAUACCUCAGAAGGUACUAGGAUCUGCAGCAUAUCAAGUGGCUAACAUGGAUGUAUUGAAUGGUACCCCAGCGCUUUUCUUGAUUCUUCUCUUCUACAAGAGCAGUAUGCUCUCUUCGUUUGUGACUUACGAAGGGUUCUUUGUGUGCUUGGAGACCCUUGUCACUUGUGGUCUCUGUGGGCCCACAUCCCCCCUGGCCUUUGGAGAAUCUGUUUUGGGGACCGUGAGUGGCAGUGUGGAGUCUGUGGAAAACAAAGAGCAUUUGUGGAGAAUGUGGAGUGUAGUUGUGAACCCUUUAACUGAUACCAUUACACAGACAAAUGAGGUAAAUCAAGGAGAUGCCCUGGAGCAUAAUUUCAGUGCAAUUCAUAGUGCCUUGAUGUUUCCUAUUACUCACCUUUUGCCUGGCUCAGGUCUUCCACAGAUGACUCAGAAGACCAUGUUGAGCACUUGGUCUCGACUGUACAAGGCGUUUGCUCGCUGCUCUGCUCUCGUGGCCACAGCUGAAGAGAACGUGUGCUGUGAAGAGUUGUGUGCCAGGAUAUCUUCUGCACUGGAUAGUGAAGCCCUGAAGAAUUUGUCCACUCUUGAUGCAGUAGCAAAUAUCUUGAUGUCCAUUAUUGAAAAUGUGGACUUCUCUCCAUUUACCCCUCAGUUUCAGCAGAAAAUGAAAUCCCCUCACACCCCGCUACGCUGGGUUCGGAAGAGGAACAAAGCUCUGGGGAAUCUCUCAACCUUUCAUGCGCUCUUUGUGCAGUCUUUAGAAGUUUUCAUAACUUUGGCCUCUUCAGAGGCAAACAGUACAGUUUUAAGUGGCAUUGGUGCAAUGCUCUUCUCCAUUGUCUCGAUUCUUUUCACCAACAUUUCACUGCCCACUGUUAUUCAAGAGUCAUUGGCUUCCCUCACAAAACCUCUUGCGCUUCUUUAUGGUCCAGUUAUAAGUUCAGAAGGUCAACAGUCAAAGACCCACACUAUGCUAGCAUUCAAGUUGGAAAAGCUGGUAGGAGAUGUGUUUGGCAUCCUGCAAACACGUUCGGCAGUGCAGUAUAAUGAUGAGCUGCUGGAGAUUUUGUCUCCUUUGCUCUGUGUACUUUUCCAAAACAAGAGCAAACACAUCCGCUCUGUCAUGACUCAGUUCUGGAAUGGCACUUUUGGAAACGCUCUUGUGCUGACGUACCCUGACAGUCUCAGGCCUGUUUUAAAUCAAGCUAAGCAGAAGUCUCCCUUAAUAUUACCUGGCUUUCGAGCAGUUGAAAACUCGGAGGAUUUCAGCGGACAGUGCUCACAGAGUGAAUGUUCUCAACUUGACACCAAAAUCAGUGGGAUGAUGGUGACCUCAGUAGGAAAGAGAGAAUCCUUACUGACUAGGGCAGCAGAGCUACAGCAGAGGAGUUCUGGAACACCUUCCAAGCCUGUAUCUGUGAAAUUGGAUUUCGGGUCUCCGAAGCCACCACACAAAGAAGUUCUUGAGGAGGAGGCAUCAGUAGAUUUUGUCUUUAUUCCACCUGAGGCAAAGGAGAGAGUACUUACUGAACAUCAGAAGGAGGUCAAAAGAACUAAAAGGGUUGACAUCCCUGCUAUGUACAAUAAUUUGGAUGCCUCUUUGGAUACUACAGUCUUUACACAGUACACACAGAGUCAAGAGGAGUCCAUGGACAAACUGCCAACACAGGAACAAGCUGAGGCCAAAGAAAUUGAUAUGACUGAAGCGAAGGAUUUAAAGGACAAAGCAUCAUAUGUAAUUGAUGAUCAGAAAGUGCAAGAUAACAUCAAUCCAGACCUUGCUGCACAAGAAAAAGCAACAAUUUACCGAAAAGAAAACCAAACUACCGAAGUGCUGUUUUCUCUGGAUGUCACCGCUUCAGAUGCUGGUGUACAUCAGGAUUCUGAGAGCCAAAGCCCAAAUGUGUCCAGUUCUUCUGACAUGAUCUCUGGUACUCCACCAAAGCCUAGCAGUCGACGUCAGUCCUUCAUAACCCUAGAGAAAUAUGGAGAGGAUAGGCCAACUAAUUCUGCAAGUGUUACAAAAUUUACUGGCCCACUCUCUAGGACUUCUUUUAGUCAGGAGCCACAAAAGUCACAAAUUGACUCAAACCUGCCUUCACCUUCUUACUCACAGCCAGAAACUGGUAAAGAGGUAUCUAAGGAAUCUGCUGCUAAUAUUACCGAGGAUUCUACUAAUAAGUCUGAUGGACUGGAGAUAGAGGCAGAGUUAAGCUCGGUAGCUACAUGUCCAAGUGAAGGCACAGAAGAUGAUGUGAUCCCAGACACCCAAAACCCAGAGCUGACUGAGGUAGCUGAUCCUGACAAGUCCUUAGACAAAUCCAGUGUCGAGGUGAAUACGGAAAUUGCCUCCCCUGGAAGAAAAUCUGAAGUUUUUGUUGCUUCUCAGGAUUCAAGUCCAGUUGAACCAAGGAGGUCCGGUAGACGCAGAAGUAGGCCUGUUCUGCCAGGGGAAGUGUCUGAUCAGGACUCAAAAGGCAAGAAAAAGCUUUCUGUUAAUGCAUCAGCUUUGAAUGAUGCACAGAAACCUGCACCUGUCAAGAACAAUUUGCCUACAAGAACCAGAAGAAGUCGAGUCCAUGAAGAGAACAAGAGCGAAAGUGUCAAACUGCAAAACCUCGAACAAAAAGAUGAACGGAGAGAUUCACUGGUACCAUCUCUGGCUAUCACAAACUCAUCACGGGGAAGAAAAAGUAGGAGUAAAGCUAUUACCCAGACUGAGCAGUCUCCUUUAAGUUCAUCAGAUGAUAAGGAGGAGUCUCCUCUUAAUCAGUCACAUAGUCAGUCACAUGGUAGGCCUGUAAGGCGGACCAGAUUAAGCAAUGCUAAUGCAGACGUUUCGGACAAAACACACAGAGUUGAGAACUCUCAGGAGGACUCUCCAGUUAGUGUAUCCAAACACAUGGAUAGUUCUGCAUCUGAUGCUGAUAGCCAGUCACCUGCCAGACCAAGAAGAGCAAGAAGGUCUGAAGCAGCUGAAGCACAAAACAAAGAGAAGCCUGGGCUUAGAAAUGAACAAGUUUGUGAUCCAGGUCAUGCUCAGACACCAACAACCACAAAAGUCAAAUCGGGUAGGCGGAAGAAGGCUAAUGAAGAGAAUUCUGAAUGCUCACAGGUUAAUGACCUCAGUGAGCUACAGGACAAUUCUCAAGGGCGUGGCAAAUAUAGAACUCGUCGGUCAUCUCAAGCCUUGUUAGCAUCUGGUGAGAACUCUGAGUCAGAUGCGUCUGAUACCCGUGACGGACAAAAACCUAAAAGAGCUAGAGGGUAUAAAUCACCUGAAAUAACCCCAAGCGCAGUGAUUAAUGAAAAUGCUCAUGUGGAUGUGUUGGGCAAGGAAGAUGAAGGUAGCAUUUCAGUUCCAAUGGAGGUGCCUAAAAAUGAUCCAGAAGCCUGUUUAGUUGUUGGUCCACUGAUGGAUAUCUUGAAUAUCAUUGAAUCUGCUGACAAAGUUGAAGCCCCUGUAGCUGAAAUCCAAGCAAAUGAACAUUACACUUCUGAUGUAAAAUCAGCUGAUGAUGAGCAACAAAGUGACUCUAAAAUUCAAAUGGAUUCCGAUAAAGAGGAGUCUGUUAACACUGUUCUGGAAGAGAGGACCGUUGUGAACGAAGCCCUUCCAUCUUCACAGAACAGCCUACAAAGUGACUCUAAAAAGCAAAUGGAUUCCGAUAAAGAGGAGUCUGUUAACACGGUUCUGGAAGAGAGGACCGUUGUGAACGAAGCCCUUCCAUCUUCACAGAACAGCCUACAAAGUGACUCUAAAAAGCAAAUGGAUUCCGAUAAAGAGGAGUCUGUUAACACUGUUCUGGAAGAGAGGACCGUUGUGAACGAAGCUCUUCCAUCUUCACAGAACAGCCUACAGCUAGCUCAAAACGUUGAGGUCAAGUCUCUGAAACCCCGUAAAUGUCCUCAUAGCAAAAGAAGUCGUUGGCGCAGACAGUCCACUAACUGUAAAUGCCUCCAAGCUGGCAGCACACCUUCAAAAGAAGAAUGCAGUAAUUCACAAGAUGUACAGAAUAUCACUGAAAACAUGGUUCAACUUGAAUCAAGCAGCCUGCCACCUGAAGCAGUGUUGAACAGUAUUACAUCUGUCUUACCGGAAAAAGAGAGUGUGGUACUUCAAGAUAAUUGUCCUACUGUCGCUAAUGCACAAUCUUCUUCUUCAUCUUUGCCCAUCUUUACUGAAGCAGAGGUGCCUGCUGUAAGCCUAGUGGAAAAGCCAAAUGAAAGCAUUUCCCAGUCCUCUGAUGUGAUUGAUGCAAGAGAGGCAGAGGAAUGCAGCAAAGACACCAUAGAUGACGCAGAGAAUAAACAUGAGGAAACUGAACAAGAUAAAAAUGUUUCAAAAGAUAAGUCUACCCAGGAACAACCAGAGGAAGAUCCAGGUGCACCAGAGGUCUCUCCCAGCCCUAGCCAAUCUGUUGAGGAUAAACCAAUGUACCAGGAACAGUCUGAGUCUCCUGUCAGUCAGGAGGAAAUUGUUCACAGCGGAGAAGAAACUGAGAUGCCAGAAAAGGAGGAACUUGUGCCUGAGCUGGAAGGUGCAAUUACUGCACUCCCAGAGGGCACUGAACUAGACCGGUUCCCACAGGAAGAGGGAGAUGAUGGUGAAGCAACACAAAUAGAUAAUGAUCUUCAACCUGAGACUGCGCUACACUGUGAAGCAUCUGUACCUCUGCAAACUGCCUUAUCGGAAGCAUGCUUGGACUCUCCACCAAAAGAGAAGUCUUCAGAUUCGCUCUGUGGAAACACAGAAGUGAGGCAGAGUCCCAGUAAUAGUGUAACACGUGGUGUAUGGUCACCAUCAGCUUCUCCAUCUACAAGCAUUCUGAAGAAAGGGCUGAAGAGGCAAUGUGAGGAAGAUACUCCAUCACCUCUCAUCAAGUCUCGCAGAGUGUCCUUCGCAAAUCCGAUAUACCAGCAGGAACUCGCUGAUGAUAUUGACCGCCGCAGUCCAGUAAUACGAACCAGCUCUCCAAAAUCAAAAGCAGUUGGACAGCCUAAGUAUAUUACAACGCCUACAAAAGGCCUGUUGUCCCUUAGCCCUCGCAACCUUCGCACUCCCGGUUACAAGAGUUCAAAGAAAUGCCUGAUCUCAGAAAUGAGCCAGGAGCCCCGACCUAUUCCAAAGGAUUGUGUUUAUCCUGCUCUUGUCUGCUGUUCGACUCCUGUGGAGGCCGUUCUGCCCCAGAUUUCUUCUGCAAUGUGGCCUCGGGGCUUUGGUCAGCUUGUGCGUGCUAGAAAUAUUAAAACGGUUGGAGAUCUGAGCGCUCUUUCCCCAAACGAAAUCAAGUUGCUGCCUAUUCGCUCACCGAAAGUGUCAAAUCUCAAAAAAGCACUGAAAACCUAUUAUGAGCAGCAGCGCAAAGGGCGGCCAGAUGACCUGAAAAGCUUUGAUGUGAUGGAGAAAAUGACCUCUGAGCCUGAGGAGACACCUGCAGCUCCAAAUGAGGAGGACCAGAUGUCUGGAGAUGGACAAGAAAUCCUCUCAUCAGAAAUGCCAUCUACAGUAGAGCAGAAACAAGAAGAACCAAUGCCUGUGGAUCUGCUAUCAGAUGUUGCUGCUCUGGGAUCUCGUCUCACCCACGACGAGCUCAGUCGUUGUUCACCAAUGGAACUGGGUCUGAUGCAUGAACAACUCAGUGGCAUGAUGAGGAGUAUUGUGGAUCAUCUUCAGUCACGUUUAGUCAGCAACCUUGAGGACAGUUUGUCAUGAUGGCAACCAGUAUUUUCAUCCUCAGCCUUCUACAUGGAACAUUCCUCACUGGUUUUUAAUGUUUUCGUCAGUGGACAACUUGGUUUUUAGUGAUCGUUUUAGCUGUGGGUCGUAUCAUCUUUUCCAAACUGAUGGGAUGGGUCUGCAAAUACCUGCUUUGAGAUUAAAAGCUUGUACUAUGUUUCCUAUUGAGUGCAUUAUAUGGAUCGAUUGGCCUCGCUUAGCCUUUUAGUGGCACUUCUUAAAGAAAUCCAUGCAGACCAGAAUGCAGAUGGCACUUUUAGUACUACAAUACUUUUUUUGUUUUUAAUUUUUUUGUUUAAAUAAAGGAUUGAAGGUGUAAGAGUGUUGUUUUUAACUGAGACUUUACCAGCAUGAACAAUUGCCUUGGAAAAUUAUUUAUUAUGGAACAUCAAUAAUUUGUAGGCCACAUGGUGAUCCUUUUAUACACCUGCCACUUCCAAGAUGUAAUGAUAUGUUUUAUAGUUCAUGUUAGUCUUUGUUGUACUUUUUUUGGUUAAUAUCUAAGACUGCCAGUGAACAGUAUAGAAUUGAACGCAGUAAAUUACAUUGCAGCCAGAUAUGAAGAAAUUAGCUUUAAUCUGUAGAAAGGUGUAAAAUCAACAAGGCUAAGAGUAACAAAUCUCAGUGCUACUGUGACCAUUUCUUCAGUCCCUGGCAGCCUUAUGUAAGAUAUUUAACAUUUCAUUUCAUUCAUUUGUUUAGAGUUCUAUAUUCAUAACAAACCUCAUGUGAGGAGCUUAGUUCAUGUCUUCUGUUAUCAGUAGUUUAUCACUAUUGCUAACUCAACACAAGGACAAACGAGUGUUUUAUUUUUUUUUGUUUUUAAAGCGAUAUUUACUAAAAGUGGAAAUGCAUGUGGCUGCAUGCAAUGUUGUGUAAUAAAACCAUCUAAAACCUG